AUGCCCAAGGGUGGGUAUUUCAAUGACAUUGUGGGCCGGCAUACACGGCUGAAGAUCCCUGUUUCCGACACACGGUUGCAACUUUGGGGGCGGGCGAGGCCGGUCAGUCUGAGCCAAACAUUGGCUCAGAAAACCGACGAUUGUCAUAACAAGCUCGCUGAGCUCGAAGAUCUCUACCAGACAGAGAAGAGAGAACGUGAGCGGCGCGAUCGCAUGCUCGUGACCCUCCAUGCUCUCCUCACUGGGAAUGUCGGAGAAUACCUCGCAACUCUACCGGGAAGCCCGACAGAAGAUGAGGAGCGUGCAUACGCCGGGGUCUCCAAGCUCUGGCUAGGCUACAUGGCGGGGAAUGAACUGGACACGAUGGGCGAUGAUCUGCGCCAGGCAUUCGAUGAACUGGACAGCGUCAGCAUAUCCACUACGAGCCUUACCGAGCAGCCGCAGCCGCCGCAGGCCAACACCGAGGGCGCAGGCGAGGACGAGGACACGCACACAGACUCCGACGAGCCAACUUUGGGUAUUGAAACUAUAAGAGACUGGCGGGACCCUGUCACUGGGGUAUCAGGCCGGAAAUUGACAAGGCGGUGGAAGACUUCUUCGAUGUGCUCAACGCCCGAGAUAGGGCGAAAGCUACCCGGGUCGUUGCCCGGCUCGAAAAGGAGGCCGAGGGCGUAG